AUUAUAAAAAUUUUAAAAUAGGAGUGGUAAUUUUAGACCACCCUGUAUAACAAAAGUCUGUAAUUUGAGUAUUAGAGACAAUAUUUAUACUGAUAAGUACAGCGAAUUUUCCAAAACUUUUAAUUACUCAUUUUUAGGCCAAACAAAUACAACGUGAGAUCUUAAAUUUUGUUAUUAAAAUUACUCUGGUGAUGAGACUACAAUGUUCUUCUGAUAUAAAAAUGUAGAAAACAGCUACUCAGUCUUUGAACAUCAGCACAUGUAUGUAUAUAGGUAAAAAAUGAAUGGUUCUUAUAAUGCCGAGCUGUUGAUAAAUGGAACAAUAUCCAGUGUUAGAAACAACGUAGACUGUUUAUGUGUAUAUAUAGGAGUAUCAUCAAGGCAGGAAGGACUUGGUUAUCGACCAGACUCAGAUGAACCAAGCAGUUCAAGUGUUUCAGUGUAAUGAUUGUUUGGUGGUGGUCAAGGGGAAAGUUAACGCAAUAACCGUAGACACGUGUAAGAAAACUUCGAUAGUAUUUGACGAUCUCGUUUCUUCCAUGGAAUUUAUCAAUUGCGAUAGAAUUCAGGCCCAAUGCAUGGGCAAAUGCCCGACAAUUUCCGUUGAUAAAACGGAUGGUGCUCAGCUGUUUCUCUGUAAAGAUGCUCUUGAUGUCCAGAUAUUCAGUUCCAAGUCUUCUGAGAUUAAUGUUUCGGUUCCACAAGCCAGUGGUGACUAUGUGGAGUUUGCUGUGCCGGAGCAGUUCAAGACCACCUGGACGGGUAAGGGAAUCCAUACAGAGUGUGUGGAUAAGAUGUGAAGUUUACACUAAUCACACACAAUGUGAGCAUCAGUGUGGCAGUGCUCUUACUGUUGUCUUUGACAGGUCACAGCUAAUAAAGUGGGGGAAUUAUGUUAAAUUGCAGUUAUGAUUUCCAUUCAGACUUGCUAUUUUCAAGAUUAGGGUGAACAGGCAUCAGUUGGUAGUAUACUGAGUCUUGGAAAAGAAUUUCUGAUGUUUUUCUUAAAAAGCCUACUGCCAUGGCUUUUGAAACAAAGUAUCUUUAAAUGCUAUUAGUCUCUGUGUGUGUGUAUGGUGAGCAAUCAAACUUGUUUUAACCACCAGGUGUCAACUUGCAUAAUUUUGUUUAGCAUUAAAUAUCUGUUAAAUUAUAGGUUAAAACAUUAUUCAUGAAUUAAUUUAAUCGUGUCAUAAGCUUAUAGAUUCUACUUAAUCUUAAUUUUUGCAGUAUUUAACAUAUACAUAUAUAUAUACAUACAUAUUAAGCUUUCCACUUGUUAACAGUUGCUUCAGGACUCUAGAUUUCUUUUUUUUCAGUUUACUGUAUGUUUAAUGUAUACGUAAUUGUAACUAGUCAAAACUAAUGUUAUAUAGCCAUACCUCGAGAAAGACUACUUUAAAUAAUGAUUACCUCCAGAAAAUCGUGUAUUAUUGUCUUAUUAAAAGCAAAGGUUUAAAACAGUA